GGAUACAGCCGACGCAAGAUGCAGUAUCUGACUGCGGUGACAGCGUCGCUGAUCUACACGUGCUACGGCACUUACAUGGGUUGGCCUGGAACGACUCUGCCGAUCCUGGAGGCAGAAGAUUCACCAGUUCCACUCACCGCUGACGAAGGCUCUUGGCUCGCGUCCAUCAACUCACUCACCAUGCUGGUGGCCAUUUUCGCUACUGGCUAUGCAGUGGACGUCAUGGGGCGUAAGAAAGUGACCCUUCUCGGAGCAGCACCCUUUGUCUGCUGGUGGUUGAUGGUGGCAUUCGCCGAUUCCUACGGAAUGCUGCUCGCAGCACGAGCGAUUGGGAGCUUGGGAGGUGGUGCCAUUAUUACGGCCAUACCCGUGUUUCUGUGUGAGAUUGCCGACACCGACCUAAGGGGGACGCUAAUUGCGAUCCACUAUAUCCUGAUGCAAUGUGGCACCCUGCUCGUGUAUUGCAUUGGGCCUUACCUAUCCAUCACCACCGUUGCUCUAAUCUGCACCUCAAUUCCGAUCCUCUUCGCUUUGACAUUCAUCUGGAUGCCGGAGUCACCAUACUUCUUUCUCACGCAUCACAGAGAAGCGGAAGCUGUUAGGUGUCUCGAAAGACUCAAAGGCCAACUAACACCAGAGGAGCUCAAGUUUGAGCUGGAGUUGUUGUAUAAAGAUAUACGUGAGAAACAACAAAACAAAGGGAAAAUCACGGACAUCAUCUUGGUGUCUGUGCAUCGCCGGACGUUGCUCUUAGCGAUAGGGUUCAUUCUGCUCCAGAUGUCGUCUGGAUCGAUAGCUCUCGCCACGUACACGACGUACAUAUUUGAGAAAAGUGGAAGCGAACUUGACUCGAACAUCUCUUCCAUUAUCCUGUCGGCCAUCACGCUUGGGGCAAACGUCAUGUCGUCGCUGAUCGUCGAGAGGUUCGAUAGGCGGCCCCUCUGUAUGGCGACUUUCACAGUGUGCGCCAUCUGUCUGGCUGCAGAGGGAGCCUAUUUCUAUGUCGACGACAUCUACGGAGACGUGCCUACUUCCUUCGAUUGGGUGCCGCUCGCCGGAAUGAUUGGAUUCAAUAUUUCAUUCUCUGUCGGCCCGGCACCAGUGAUGUCCUUGAUCAUGGGUGAACUGUUCCACGUAUCUGUGAAGGGCAUCGGUGUGUCUAUUGGCACGACUGUGAUGGGGCUGUAUGGCUUCUUCCUCAAGAAGAUGUUCCAAGUGGUCUCUGACGGCCUGGGCGCCUACUACUCCUUCUGGGGAUUCACCGUGAUGUGCAUGUGUGCUGUUAUUUAUGUCUACGCAAUCAUGCCCGAGACGAGGAACAAAACUUUUGCGCAGAUCAACGAGGAAAUGGACAGUCGUGUAGGUGGACCAGACGACUGUAAUCCGGAUGAAUCCACGAAAGAAUGUCCGAGCUGAAUCCAAAGCAGCUGUCACUCCUGAGUCACUUGGCUCCAAACACUGCCUCUUGAGUCGCUUGGCUCAAAAUCUGAAGCAAGACUGAUUAUAAUUUAUUCUGUCUAUUGCUAGACAUAUUGCGAUGACUACCGGAACCUAGCGUCAGGGACGUUAGGGACCAGAAAUUGCUUGUAACUAGCAUUACUACAAGAGAUUUAAAUGUUAUCAAAUC